AUGUCUCUGCAGCAGUUAGACACACCAACAAAGAGGCGAUCGUUUCCUGCAUCUGGUCAAAACGCACUCCAGUCCUGCCUGAAACCUAAGCCUGGUAGUAGGAACAGCAAUCCCCAAGUGAGGUUUUCUCUUCCUCCGCGUGACGACGAAGUCAUGCACCAGGACGGUGGUAAGUGUGAUUACACAUGCAAUAUUGAUUUCCGGAGCACUAAGUUUGGCGAGAAUAAGUCUCAGGCGAGAGGCCAACAGCCUUCACCGCUCAAGAUAGUUUAUCCUAAGUCCUCUAUUGAAGACUUCCACGGCCACUUCGUCGACCUUCACAACAAGGUGGCUCUUCAACUCUCUACAGAUAUAUGGUCAUCCCAUAACAGGGAAAAAGAAUCAAAGGGUAUUAAAAACACUAUGGGACAUGCAAGAUACAACUCAAUUGCUGGCCUCUCUCCCUAUACUCCAACUGCAUCACCGGAAUUCAAAAAGCAUAAUAGAAGUCAGUCAUUACAGUCAAUAAUCUACACUACAGUACAGGACUAUCGCAGCUCGCCCCCCAAAGUAGAAAGUUUGAUGGCAAGUCGGUUCGAACAUAAAAUUUCCAAUCCUUCUGAAACAGUCGCUGCAGCGAAACCUGCAUGCAUAAAAGAACACACGCUUUCGCAUCAUGGUCAUCAACUCUAUUUAAGACAGGACUCCCCCUUGAAUAAAUACAAGGUUACUGUACCAUUGGAGUUGCAAGUUCCUCCUUUCUUAUCUCCUGAGAACAAGCACAAACAAACGAAAAGAUUGAUUUAUGAUGGCCAUGGCUAUAGUGCUUACAGGGAGGAUGAUAAUGAGGGUUCUGAUGUUGACAAUGAUUCCGAACAAAGCAAAUUAAAUCUAAGCGAUUUAUCCAUUCCUUCAGCAACAAACGUUAUUUCGAUAGACCUGAGUAUCGAGAAUCUCGAUGAUACCUUGGGUAUCGAUCAAUUUGCAAACGUUAACCUAAGAAAGCAGGUUCAAAAUAUGUCCAAAAAUUCACCCUCUAGAACUGGCUUUAACGACCUGCCUUCAACUCCUGUACAUGGUCCUUUAUCAUCAGCGGAGACUCGCAGGAAUUCCAGAAUACAGGCUACUCCACAGCAAUUAAUGCAAGAUACAUACGCAAAGGUUUCUACUCCUGUAUUCAGAGGGGUUCAUCAUGACAAGAAUCAACCAAUAGAACCCUUAGAGAUAUUAUCCACACCAACGAGGUUGAUUACAAUCCCUGACUUUGAAAAAGAACCCGCACCAAGAAGGAGGAAUGUUCUCUCCGGCUUCUUCAGUAUGGAGGAAGUUCCGGAUGAGCCUCUUCCGGACUAUAACGUCCCAAGAGACCGUUUAAAUGAAGGUUUUAAAUUUCCUCAAGUGGCGGAACCAUUAUUGAACACUUCUUCCCCUCUUUCACCCAAAAACCGUGUACUUGAAGCCUCUGCGCCUGAGAACCAUAGUGAUUUCCUGAAAGUACCAGGGACUAUGGUCAAUUCAUCUUUUGAAAAAAGAAGGUCGGUACUACAAAAGCAGAAUAUACUAGGCCAUCAGCAUAGGAGAAGUAGGAGUGUACAUAGAGUAGAAGAUAUGAUGAGCGCAGGUUACGGCCAAUCCACCCCUCCAUUACCAAGCGCUAUAGUCUCCCCUAUCCCACAAAUGCCAACGUACAAGCCUCAAAAGCAAGACAGCUCCACUAUUGUACGAACCCUUCAAUAUUCUCCAUUGAACAAUGAUUCAUCAUUCGUAGCUUCAAGUCAUAACUUGGAAACACCAGAAGAUGCAACAAACGAUGAUCCUGUAUCGCCUGUAGUUCAGGUUUGCGCAAAGAAUUUGCUCUACGACAAGAAGGGUAGUGAUAAUACAGAAAGCUUCAAAGUUUCUGUCUCAACUAGGGACCGUUCUAUCGACAGGGGCGAUGAUUACGGAAAUGUAGAUUCUUUCAUAUUCGAAAACAAUUCUUCUAAUAAUGAACCAACUAUGACAGGUAUAUUCAAUAACAUAUUAACAAAGAAAUUUACGAAAUCUUCUAGCACUGUGAGAGGUAGUCCUAACACGAAAAACUUAUCUAAACACAGCCACAAGGAUAAGCCCCCUGGUGUAUCAAUGGCUAGUGAAUUUUUUGAUACCCGCAGCGGCAAGCAGAAAGGUACCUCUGAAUUGCUUGAAAACAGCGGGACCUUUAGACCAUUUGAUAGCGAUAGCAUUCAACUCAUAGAUGAAUAUCAUGUUCCCGCAGAAAAUUCGUUAGUUCAUGCAUCCGCUAAAUACGUGAAACGACAGAACCUAGUCCAACUAGAGGCUAGGAGGCCUAACUCCAAUGAUAGCCAACCGAAAUCAUUCCCGAAACAAAAAGUUGGUAAUGUUCUUGAUCCUACGAGGAGACUAUCUAAUGGAUUCAGCCAUUCCUCUUACGAGUCAGACUUAUCAACGCCUUCAGGCCAGGUUUCGCAUUUUACAAGCGUUACAUCUCUUACUGCCUCGGAGAUAGAUAACUCUAAUCUUUUGGUAAAAACACUGUCGAUUUCACAUAGAAAUUCAGGACAAGCCGGUAAUCAGUAUCAUAAUUCAUCAGAUUUUAAACAUGUUAGUACUGUUGCUUCCAGAAAUGGUACGAAGUCUUCAACUUCUCAGCAUAUGGGGGUGCAGGAAUCUUUAGUUAGGAGACCCCUGGUUAAACGAGAAAGUAUGACCACAGAUUUGCACGAUGUCCACUUUCAUCGGAAGUCUCAUUCACCACUUAACAGCUCGCUGUUGGCUGAUUCAGAUAGGUCGCAGAAAGUUGAAAACACUGCAUUCCAUAAGUCACAACAACCUGGCAUUUGUUCAAGAAGGCAUCCUAAUCCCAUACCAAUCUCACCCUUACCAGACAUAGAGACAGAAACAAAACCUAAUCCAGAUAAUGCUGAGUUUCAUACUGUUUUUGAACCAUACGAAGGGAAAUUGGUCGAAAUAAUUGUUCUUGAUGAUGAAACUGAGUCGUCUAAAAAACAUUCAUUCCCUUCACCACCGGCUGAAGACGAAUCUACGAGGCAUUUAGCAUAUUUGUACCGUACCUCUCAUAAAAGAGAUUCUCUCGAAAUUAGACAGCUAUAUGAAGAUGAAUCACGUAACGGGAAACAAGGCAAGUUAGACCCUACAAAAUUUGACAAAAAAGUGUUGAACUCAAUCUCCAGCGGUAAGGGUGGCCCUAAAGAUGAGAAUUCAUUAUCAACAGCUACUGCCUCUGUUGGUCGCACUACUAGUGGAAAUUGCAGAAACACUACUAGGAAUGCCAUUAAAACAUUCGAACGAAGAUAUCUGCAUAAUUUGCAAAGAGUACUGAGGUCCAAAAGUGCAAGACCUUCGGAAAUUAUAUGA